AUCAAUUCUACAAUUUUUUUAGAAUGAACUAGAUCAACUGUUUGAGAAUUUAGUAUAUUGAAAUAUAAAUUGCAUGGAAUCAAUGAGUGAUUUAGAAGAUGGAUGCAAAAAAAACAAUUGUACAUCCAAAUCCUAGGGAAAAAGCAUCUUGUUUAUCAGUUUUAUUAUGGUGGUGGACGGUACGUAUUUUCAAGACGGGAUAUACAAAAGUAUUGGGAACCGAAGAUUUAUACGAUCCAUUAAAAACAGACAAAUCAUCCGUUCUUGGGGACAGACUAGAAACGCAAUGGAAAAUAGAAGUAGAAAAUGCGAAAAAACAUAAGAAGAAAGUAAGUUUAUUGAAAACAAUUUUUCGAACUUUUUUAUGGGAAUAUUCACUUCUUGGUUUACUUCAGAUAUUUAAUGAAUUUAUCUUAAGAUUGGCAACACCAUUUUUUUUAGGUGGCUUUUUGAAAUAUUUUAAACCAAAUACAGAUGUUCCUUACCACAUAGCAUUUAUUUUUGCUGGAGGAAUUUGCCUUACGUCUAUUCUAAAAGUGAUUUCCAUAAAUCAAUCCUUAUAUGGUGCUUUACAUAUUGGAGGCAGAGUACGAAUUGCUGUUUGCUCACUUGUUUACAGAAAGGCUUUGAAACUUAGUAAGACUGCACUGGGAGAAACGGCUCCAGGGAAAAUAGUGAAUUUAGUCGCAAAUGAUGUUAACAGAUUUGAUCUCGUUUCGAUUUUGAUCCAUUAUAUGUGGUCAGCACCUCUCACGGCUUUGAUUAUUGCAUAUUUUUUAUAUAAUCAAGCUGGAUAUGCUGGGGUUAUUGGAAUUGCUGUUAUUUUUAUCGUUGUACCAAUACAAUCAUACACUGGCAAGCUGUCAUCAAUUUAUAGACUCCAAACUGCAAUAAAAACAGACGAGAGAGUACGACUUAUGGACGAAAUAAUCUCAGGGGUUCAAGUGAUAAAAAUGUACGCUUGGGAAAAGCCAUUUUGCGCUUUAGUGGAAAUUGCUCGUAAACUUGAACUGAAGAUAGUGACAAAAAGUUCCUACAUUCGAGGAAUUUACAUGACUUUCAAUAUUUUCACAACAAGAAUUGCUUUAUUUUCAACUUUACUAACAAUGCUUUUAUACAAAGAACAAUUAACAGCAGACAAAGUUUUUGUUAUUUCGUCAUAUUUUGCUAUUCUUUCACACACAAUGUCUGGUAUGUUUGUACGAGGUUUCGCGGAAAUUGCAGAAUGCCUGGUGGCUAUUCGAAGAUUACAACAUUUUUUAAUGUACGAAGAAUUCGAAGAAAUGAAUCCCCAUCAGUCUUAUCAUGCGAGAACAAUUAAAAAGACAGAUAAAAGAAAUUCAGUCAAAUCUAAUUUUCAUUUUAUUAAUGAAGGUUUUGUUGACGACUUGAGAAUCAGGCAAAAUGGGUUGUUGAUUAAUAAUGAUCAUUUUAAUAACAAUUCUAAUUGCGUUAAAGACGUGUUGGACGAAGCCCCAGAGACAUGGGCAGUCAAGCUGGAUAAUGUGACUGCGAAAUGGGAGUCAGAUCAAGCGGAGAACACUUUGGAAAAAAUUAAUCUGGAAAUCGAAACCGGAAAAUUGUACAUGGUAAUUGGAAUGGUUGGAGCUGGAAAGAGUUCCUUGCUGUCUGCAAUUUUAAAAGAAAUCGCACUUACAGAGGGAAGUAUUAGAGUCAAGGGCGGUUUGAGUUAUGCAGGUCAGGAAUCCUGGGUUUUCGGAUCAUCCGUCAGACAGAAUAUUCUCUUCGGCCAAGCCUACGACAGACAAAGGUACCAGAGAGUCGUCAAAGCGUGCGCCCUUCUCAGAGACUUCAAACAGUUUCCCCAAGGAGACCAGACCAUUGUUGGCGACAGGGGAAGUUCCUUGUCGGGAGGGCAGAAGGCCAGAAUCAACUUGGCGAGGGCUGUCUACAGGCAGGCCGACAUUUACCUCUUCGACGAUCCUCUCAGUGCGGUGGACGCACACGUGGGGAAACAUUUAUUUGAAGAGUGUAUAAAACACUAUUUAUCCGGUAAGACUCGAAUUUUGGCAACGCAUCAACUUCAAUAUAUCAAAGGAGUUGACGCGAUUAUUCUUCUGGAUCAAGGAAAGAUGAAAUUUUACAAGAAUUAUCAGCAGCUUCUUCAAAGUCAUCCAGAAUACAUGCCUCUCAUAGCUGCUGAAAAUUCUAACAAUAAUGAAGAAUCAUUCAUGGAAAUAAGUACAAUGCAAAGAAAAUUUUCAACUAUAAGUAAUAAAAGUAAAGUGUCAGAAGCUUGCGGUGAUAUGGAGAUUGAAGAAAACGAGCAACAUUCCGAAAAUAUAGACAAAUUGGUGGAAGGAACUUCAAAAGGAACUGUAAAGGGUUCAAUUUUCCUCAAUUAUUUUAGAGCUGGAGCUAAUUUAUUUUUUGGUUUCAUCGUGUUUAUUUUAUUCAUUGCAACUCAAUUCGCUGCCAGUUUAAAUGACCUUUAUGUCCCUUUUCUAAUAACAGCAGAAGAAGCAAAAUUAUAUAAAGCUGUAAAUAUAACACGAAAUCAAACGGAUGAGGGACUUUUUAAAGUUCAACCAUGGUCACAGGAAGUUUACCUUUAUGUAUAUAGUGGAAUAGUUAUGUCGAUAUUUCUAAUCGGAAUUAUUAGAUCUUUCGCAUUUUACGCUUUGUGUAUGAGAGCAAGUCAACGUUUACACGACAUGGUAUUCAGUGCAUUUAUUAGAACGGGAAUGCGAUUUUUCGAUACAAAUCCAAGUGGUCGAAUUCUUAACAGAUUUUCAAAAGACUUGGUAGCCAUAGAUGAAUUAUUGCCAAAAGCUCUUUUGGAUGCUGGACAAAUAAUCAUGAUGACAAUGGGAACAUUGAUUGUCACUUGUAUUAUAAGUUAUUACUAUAUCAUUCCAAUUGUCCUACUUGGCGCUGUAUUUUAUUGGAUUCGAAAAGUUUUUCUCAAGACUAGUAAAAAUGUCAAACGCCUUGAGGGAAUGACACGUUCACCAGUAUUUACUCAUCUCAACGCAACACUCAAUGGACUGACGACAAUCAGAGCCUUUGGAGCUCAAGAAAUACUCAAACAUGAAUUUGACAAAUUCCAAGAUUUACAUACCUCUUCGUGGUUUAUGUUUAUUGUGACAAGUUCUGCUUUUGGAUAUUCCUUGGAUGUUUUUACUUUUAUCUUUGUGACUGUGGUGACUUUUACUUCUCUUAUUAGCAGUGAUUCAUCGACAGAAAAUGGAGGAAAAGUGGGUUUGGCUAUUACACAAGUGAUGUCAAUGAUGGGAAUGAUUCAAUGGGGAAUGCGUCAAAGUGCAGAAGUGACAAAUCAAUUAAUGUCGGUCGAAAGAGUUUUAGAAUAUGCUGAACUUCCUUCCGAACCUAAUUUACGAGACAAAGGAGUUAUGUCCAAAAAGAAGCGAAAACAAAGUAUGAUUGAGUCAAUUGUUACGCCUCCGAAAGAUUGGCCCACUUUGGGUUCCAUUAGAUUCCGAAAUAUGUACUUGAAAUAUUCCAAUGAGGAUCCUCCUGUUUUGCAGGACCUCAAUAUCGUCAUUCACCCAACUGAAAAGGUGGGAGUGGUUGGGAGAACCGGUGCAGGAAAAACGUCGUUAAUCGCGGCUCUCUUUCGUCUCGCCAAAAUCGAUGGAGUCAUUGAAAUCGACAAUAUAGACACGGGAACCGUAUGUCUGGAAGAUCUUCGACGUCAAAUUUCUAUUAUUCCACAGGAUCCUGUUCUAUUUUCUGGUACAAUCAGAAGAAAUCUGGAUCCCUUUAGCGAAUUUCCCGACAGAUUACUGUGGGAGGUUCUCGAAGAGGUGGAACUGAAAGAAGCGAUUGCAGCCGUCAAUGGAUUGGACAGUCGAGUGUCCGACAGAGGAAGUAAUUUCAGUGUUGGACAGCGCCAGUUGAUUUGCCUCGCAAGAGCAAUUUUGAGGAACAAUCGGAUUCUAAUGUUGGACGAAGCCACAGCAAAUGUGGAUCCACAAACGGAUGCUCUGAUUCAAAGAACCAUAAGAACUAAAUUCGCUCCUUGCACUGUACUCACUGUUGCUCAUCGACUGAACACAAUUAUGGACAGCGACAAAGUUUUAGUCUUGGAUGCAGGACAAAUGGCGGAAUUCGAUCAUCCGCACAUUCUUCUUCAAAACCAACACGGACAAUUUACUUCUUUGGUUAGAGAAACAGGACGAGCUAUGUUUGAGCAAUUAUCGAAGGUUGCUGAACUAACGUACUUAACAAAACAUAAGGAAACAUAAUUUUAAUAUCUUUGUCAAAUUUAAAACAUAAGGACAAUCUAUCAAAUUUUAAUUAGUACAUUCGUUAAAUAGUAACUGAAGUUUAAGAUAUUUAUCUUGAGACAAUAAUUUUAAAAAAAAAUAAUUAUCACGAAAAAGUUAUUUUUCUACAUUCUACACAAUUUUUAAAUUUCUUGAUUUUUAAUAAAUUGCAGCUUUCUGUAGUUGAAAAUCUACAUGAAUUAAAACACUGUAAUAUCGAAGAAGUAAAUUAUAUAUUACGGUAAUUUAUUUUUAGAAUAAUUUUCUUCUCAUGAUGAAGAUAAUA